UUUAAAGUUAGUAAUACAAAAAUAAAUAUUAACACAACGAUGAAUAUAAAGUAUAUUGUUUUAUUGUGUCUAACAUUUUAUACUUCAACAGUUAACUCCAUCGAGGAAGUGGAAAUUAAAGAUCUAUGGAACCAAAUAAGAACUCCCGGAAACAUGUAUAUAGUCUACGAAAACUUCCUUAUACAUUAUAAGCGUCUUGAAGACCCAGAAAAAGCUCAAUUUCUUGCCAUUACAAACGAAUUCGGAAUCCAAUGUAAAGAAUGUGAAGUGACCAGCAUGAAUUAUGGCCAAUUUAAGGAGGCCGCUUUAGAGGGCCUCAUACCAAUAUGUCAAAUAUAUAUGAUGCGUGAUCUGUUUAACGAAAUUGCCAAACAGAAACCCUACAUCACUUAUUGCGACUUAUUGGACUUCUAUGGAUUUCCUAAAUUUAGUGAAUGGAUUAUUAACGAGAUACUCUUCGAAGUGGCCAGAUUCGGAGAGUCGGAGGCAUAUUUGAAUUUAUCUUUCGAUGGCUAUAAGAAAGUCGUGAACAUUGGUUAUCUUGUGGGUCCUGAUGCAAAAGCGAUUGAAAAGGCUGAAGCUGCUGCCAAAGAGGAGCUACAACCUGAUGAUAAACAAAACAAAAUAGAAAUUUUAGUCGUAAAGUAGUUAGAAUAUAGUAGUUAAAUAAAAUAAUAUUAAACGAAAUCAUUUUAAUUAUAAUAAUACUCCUUCAUAAU